GAAGCCAGUUAAUCAGCACUCGUUUAAAAGUUACUCAGAAAAUCUGAGUGGACUCAUUCGGUGAAAGAAUAAACAAUAAAAAAAAUCCACGGGCAUGAAGCUUCCUGAACUAAAAACCUAUAUCUGUAACCCGUCUGACCUGGCGCAAAAUAUGAUAUUGUCAAGGUUAUGUGAUGUCUGAACCUGAAACUGUUUUUAUCAAUGUUUCAGAAAGCCCAAAUAAUUUGGAAACAUUUUUCUCAAACCUGGUUAGAAUAGAUGAGUCUAAGUUUUCCCUGAAAAUUGACUGCAAAUACUACACUGCUGAUGUCAUUGUACGGUCAGCAUUGAAGACUGAUGUUCUUAACAAUCCUUCAAAACUGUCAAAUGUUCAUGGCAUGAUCAUCUUUUUCGAUGGUGACAAGGUGUCCAGCUGGAAUGAUGCUCUUGCCUUUAUGCGUUUAGCUGUUGAACACGACGUAUCCAUACGUCUGUUAGUAUGCCAUACCAUUACUCCAUCUGCCUUACUUCGUUCAGAGCCAGAUGCAGCAUCAGCUGUCAUACAUACAGUUCUGGACCAUGUAUUCGAGCUAGUUGAAAUUUCACCUGCUGAAGAUACUAUUGAAGAAGAUGAAGAAUAUGGCGUAAAACGAAUAAAAUCUGUAUUUGAGGCAUAUAUGUGGCCAAACAUGAAACUCAAAGAGGGAAUAAGUGACAGAAGUAAGUCAAGCCAAGUGAAACAAAAAGAUGAAUAUUCUGAUACACAUAACCAGUCUAAAUCAGAAAAUCAUCUGUCUACCGGUGUAAAUAACAUAAAUUUAAACAAUGACCCUGAGGCUUCUGACUCGUCAACAUGUGAUGAAGAUAAUUUCGAAGAUCUUUUCAAACAAUUACCAGUAUUACGUGAAGAAUUAGCUUCUCUCAAUUCUUCAGAUAGAUAUAAAAUGGCUGAAAAAAUAACCUGUAAAAUUUGGCGUGCAAUCGGUGGCUCUGAAGAGGAGAUUGCUGGUCUGCACUCAGAUUCUGACUGAAAACGGCCAUACUCAUAUUGUCUAAUGAAAACAGGUCAACAGAUCGGAAUUCAUAUUAGCGGUGUAUUUUUAUAUACGAAUUCAAUGUAACUUUGAAGUAGAAACUUAUUCUUCCUGCAUAGUACAAUAGGUUUAAGCUUCCAAUAUACCCGUACUUUGUAUGUAUUAUUAAUUCACAUUACUGUAACUAUUAAAAUGAGUGUUUCUUAAACUCUUCUUCGUGUGACUGUUUCUUCAUGUUGUUGUCACUUUUCUUGUGAAUGUCAUUCAUUUACACUACGUUUUCCAAAUCUUCAUUCCUGUGAUAUGAUGCAAUAAAUUCAAUAUCCAAUUUCACUCUCCUGUCUCUUUCCCAAAAU